CUCUGCGCCUGCGGAGUGCACGAGCAGGUGGAGGAGGAGACAUGCGCAGUAGACGCCUCGUCAGCAGCAUCAGGACCAGAGAGAGCCCGCGGUGCCAGAAGAUGGUACGUGUAAACACCGCGGGGGGGACAUAACAGUGUCGUUAAAUCGCUAUUUACCUUAACAAACUGGAAGUUUCGUUGCAAUUAGACGCGAAAAUAGACGGAAGGAGGACGUGUUUUGCUAGCAGAACAGAAGCGCGUCAACCGACGCAGCAGAGAUGCGACGUCAAUAACAACACUUGAUGAAAUUAGUCCCAUGACGAUGCUCUAAGCCUCCGCUGCGACACAAACAGACGACAACAACGGGGGGAAAGGAUUUAAACAAUGUCACCCCAUAUGACGGGCUUUCUUGUGUAAUGGUCGCCGGUUCUUAGUGGGAUGCACAUCAGUGUUUGGCCGUACUCGCUUUCCGUCGUAAUGGCAGCUCUGUACCAGGGCACGGACGCUUCCUCUCCGGACAAAUUUCUGGCCUUGAAAGACGUGAGGGAGGUGAAGGAGGAAACCACGUUGGAUGAGAAGCUCUUCUUGCUGGCAUGCGAGAAAGGUGACUACUACAUGGUGAAGAAGCUGCUCGAGGAGAACCGACAUGGUGAGCUCAACAUUAACUGUGUGGACGUGCUGGGCCGAGAUGCUGUCACCAUCGCCAUCGAGAAUGAAAAUCUGGACAUCCUGCAGCUUCUCUUGGAGCAUGGCUGCCAGGCAACAGAUGCCUUGUUGGUCGCCAUUGACUCUGAAGUGGUUGGAGCUGUGGACAUCCUCCUAAACCACAGGCCAAGGCGAUCAUCCAAGCCCUCCAUUGCUAAAUUAAUGCAGCGCAUCCAGAACCCAGAGUACUCCACCACCAUGGACGUAGCUCCAGUCAUCCUUGCAGCUCACAGGAACAAUUACGAGAUCCUGACCAUGCUGCUGAAACAGGACAUCUCACUCCCUCGGCCGCAUGCCGUUGGCUGCGAGUGCACGCUUUGCAAUGCUAAAAACAAGAAGGACAGCUUACGUCACUCCAGGUUCCGCCUAGACAUCUACCGCUGCCUGGCGAGCCCCUCUCUGAUCAUGCUGACAGAGGAAGACCCCAUUCUCAGAGCCUUUGAGCUCAGUACAGACCUCAAGGAACUCAGCCUGGUUGAGGUAGAGUUCAGGAAUGACUAUGAGGAGCUGGCAAAGCAGUGUAAGAUGUUUGCCAAGGACCUGCUGGCUCAGGCUCGAAACUCUCGAGAGCUAGAAGUGAUUCUCAACCACACUUCCAGCGAGGAUCAUGUUGACAAAAGGGGCUUACUGGAGGAGCGAAUGAACCUCAGUCGACUGAAACUUGCCAUCAAAUACAACCAAAAAGAGUUUGUCGCUCAGUCCAACUGUCAGCAAUUCCUCAACACUGUCUGGUUUGGCGAGACAGCCAGCUACCGCCGCAAACACACCUGUCUGAAGAUGGCCACCGUGCUGAGCGUGGCCAUGCUCUGGCCGCUGCUGUCUGUCUGCUACCUUCUUGUGCCACGCUCUCGUGUGGGCCAGAUCAUCCAUACACCCUUCAUCAAGUUCAUCAUCCACAGCGCGUCCUACUUCACUUUCCUGCUGCUGCUCAACCUGUACUCUCUGGUCUACAACGAGGGCAAGAAAAACACCAUGGGCCCUGCUCUGGAGAUGAUAGAUUACCUGCUCAUCCUCUGGAUCAUAGGGAUGGUGUGGUCAGAUGUGAAACGUCUGUGGUACGAGGGGCUGGAAGACUUCCUAGAGGAGUCUCGGAACCAGCUGAGCUUCGUGAUGAAUUCCCUUUAUCUGGCAACCUUUGCCCUCAAGAUAGUUGCUCACAGCAAGUUCAAGGAUGCGGGGGACAUAGACAGGAAGAACUGGGAUGCCUUCCACCCCAUCUUGGUUGCUGAGGGCCUGUUCGCCUUCGCCAAUGUUUUAAGCUACCUGCGACUCUUCUUCAUGUACACCACCAGCUCCAUCCUGGGACCUCUACAGAUCUCCAUGGGUCAGAUGCUGCAGGAGUUUGGCAAGUUUUUGGGCCUCUUCCUGCUGGUGUUGUUCUCCUUCACCAUUGGACUCACUCAGCUCUACGGAAAGGACCGGAAAGACCCAGACAAGAACCAGACGAAGGACUGCGAGGGCAUUUUUUGCCAGCAGCAGAGCAAUGAUGCAUUUCACACGUUCAUGGGCACCUGCUAUGCCCUCUUCUGGUACAUCUUCUCUCUGGCACACGUCGCCCUCUUUGUCACCCGCAUCAACUACACAGAAGAGCUGCGUUCCUUUGUGGGCGCCAUGAUCAUUGGCACCUACAACAUAGUGGUUGUUAUCGUGCUGACCAAGCUGCUGGUGGCCAUGCUCCAUAAAAGCUUCAGACAAAUCGCUAAUCACGAGGACAAGGAGUGGAAGUUUGCUCGGGCCAAACUGUGGCUUAGCUACUUUGACGACAAGUGCACUCUGCCGCCCCCGUUUAACAUCCUCCCCUCCCCAAAGACCGUCUGCUACCUGGUGACCAGCAUGAGCAAGUGGAUCUGUUCACACACCUCAAAGGGCAAGGUGAAACGGCAGAACAGCCUGAAGGAGUGGAAGAACCUGAAGCAAAAGCGAGAUGAGAACUAUCAGAAGAUCAUGUGCUGCCUGGUUCACCGCUACCUGACCUCCACGCGGCAGAAGAUGCAGAGCACAGAUCAAGCCACAGUGGAAAAUCUCAAUGACUUGCGCCAAGACCUCUCGAAGUUUCGCAACGAGAUGAGGGACCUGCUGGGCUUCCGGACCUCCAAAUAUGCCAUGUUCUACCCCAGGAGCUAAGAAAAUAAAAAAGACUACAUAGCUCGUCCUUUUUUUUUCCUUCUUCUCUUGACAAAUCCUCUGCUUCUCAUUUGCCUGGGAUGCAGUGAGCAUGUGCAAAAACUCCAAGCUCUUUUGAGUCACAGAGGCAGAUUUUGAACUUGGAACUUAACUACACAAAUAUUUAGUCUCCACCAAAGCCUCCUGACUCAGGCCCUCUAUGUGUUAUUCAGCUAUUCUGCCUGUUUUGUAAAUUAAAAAAAGCCAUUGUUUUCAACAGAAAACCAAAUAAAUUAUUGGAAAUUUCACUUUAAUGCCAUAAAAAUGAUUUUGCUAGAUAUAAAUGCUGCUUUUGAGAUAUGAAUUUAGUUUUUGAUUUUCUCCUUAGAAACUAUUCUUUGGCUUCUCAUGUCUGGAAGCAAGAACUGACUGUUUUUCAGACUCUGUUUGUGUAGCUGUGCAUCCAUCC